AUGAGCGGCGGGGGGAAUGGGCCCCCCGCCGGGCCGUCGGCCGUGGGCGCUCUGCGCCUCUCAGAGGAGGAGAUCCUGCGAAGGGCGGUGGCGCUGCGGCGGGACAGGGAACUCGUACGGGGGGGGCCGCCCAAGGAGCCCGACCGCAAUUUCACGCACUGGGACCAGCUGCUGCAGGAGAUGCGGUGGAUGGCGGACGACUUCUCAAGGGAGAGGAAGUGGAAGGUCAGCCAGGGCAAGUUGUUCGCCCGGCGUUGCUCGCGAGCAAAGCUCGAUGCCGCAGCCAAGCAGCAGCAGCGAGAGAGGGAGGAAGAGCAGCGGAAGCGGAGGAAAUGUGCUUGGGUGGCCAAGGAGGUCAUGCGCUUCUGGCGCAAGGCUGAGAGGGUCGUGGCUUUCAAGACCCACUUGGCUGUUGAGAAACGCCGAAAGGAGCUCAUGGACAAGCACCUCGACUUCUUUCUUGGUCAGACUGAGCGUUAUACAUCGAUGGUCGCACAGAACCUGACUGGGGCUUCCGAAGGCCAUUCACAAGGCGAACCGUCCACCUCACAGCCAAGCCAAACCAACCAAACGGCAACUAAACCUGGAGUUGACAAUCCCCUGCUUGGUGCUGCCAAAUUUGGAGCUCAAAAAAGAUGCCCCAAUGGUGUACUAAAGCGGGUUGCGUUUGCCGAUGAGAACCAGGAGGAACUCAGGGCUAACAAGAAAGCUCGCACUGGUGACCCAGCUGAUGGCGAUCCUGCCCAACAAUUUGAGUGCAGCCCUGCAGUGAAGUUGCCGCCUGAAAUAGAUGCAAGUACUGCUGGGGGCAUGCUGCCUUCAAGAGAAUCGAGUCCUGUAAGCAGGUCGCCUGUUGGUGAUGGCACCCCAGGCAAGCCACUAGACCGAGGUGCCCAAUCUGUACACUUGACUGAGCUGGAUCAGCAGAUCCAGACAGCUGAUUCGAGUGAUGACCAUGAUGAUGAUUAUGACGCUUCGAAUGUGCAUGAGGAUCUGGACGAAGCCACUCUUCAAGAAGAGGAGCGCAGGGCUGCAGCUGAAGGAGGCGUGUCUCAGCAACAGGAACUAGACACUUUGAAAGAAGAAGCAGACCUGCCAUUGGAGGCAUUGCUCCAAAAGUACAAACUGUCAGUGACAGGUGAUUGCCGCCUGGAAAACGUCAGAUCAUCCUCACAGCUGGCAGAUGGGGGUGACGAAAGUGAUGAGGAUGUUGCAAGCGACACUAGGGAGGUUGGGGACGCAGGUCGGAAAGAGGUGACAGAACCUGUGAAGAACCAACUGGGUGAAAAGGGCAGGGCAUUGCAUCGGCAGGGUUUGCGGCCCUCAAAGAAUGGCAAGAAAGCCACUGUGGGUAGCCACAUGGUGCAUGCACUUCCAGGCCUCCUGUCUCUUCAAGACAGCUAUGGCGAGCAGCGUUCGAAGGAUGCAAGGCCCGAGCAGGAAAAGGGACUGGUGCAAACUUUGCUAUCUGGGGAGACAAAAGAUGAGGAAGGUGGCCAUUCUCCCAGUGGCGAAUUGGCAACAGAUUUGGCAGUGUCCAUUUCAAGAGUGGGGCCAACUGAGGCAGAUGAUGCUGACGACUAUGCAACAAGCAAUGAUGGGGAGGAUGAUGAGGCCACCCUUGAGGAGCAGGAGCAGUUUGAGGGCGUGGCAAGCGGCCACCAUAAGCAGGAGUUAACUGAGCUCAACAAGGAAGCUGAAAUCCCUCUGGAUGAAUUGCUAAAAAGAUACGGUGUGGGCGUGUCAAAUGAUUGCACCAUCGAGCCUAUUAGGGGCUCCCCAGGGGAGCCCCAGGAGCAGGAGGAUGCCUCGGCUGUGGGAAAUGCACUGCCAGUGUCAGUGACAGUGACAGUACCAGUACCAGUGACAGUUGAGGAAGACAACAAACCGUCCGCUCGUGGUCCAGACACUUUUUCUGAAGCUGCAGGGGCUCGAGAUGGGGGCCCAAAUGAGCGUGACGAUUUGGAUGGAGUUGCCUCCAAAGAAGCUGCUGAAUCCCACAACAGGAACAGCUCUUCCCAGUGUGACAUUGAGGCAGGCAAACAUGGCAAGGGGUUGGUCAUGACUGAGCACAGUGCAGCUGCUGAAACAACUGCCAGAGGGGGCGAUGCCAGUCCACAGAACAGGCACGGCUCUCCAAGUGCAGAAGUGCUGGCAGACGCUUCAGCAGCAGCGACCGCAGCCCAGCCCAGUGGCCACACACUCUCAACCAGCCAAGUGCGCACACAGGUUCCCUUCCUGUUGAAGCAUGCUCUGCGUGAGUAUCAGCACAUUGGCCUGGACUGGCUGGUGACGAUCUACAGGAAGCGCAUAAAUGGCAUCCUGGCUGAUGAGAUGGGCUUGGGAAAAACAAUCCAGACGAUCGCACUGUUGGCCUGGCUGGUGGCCGAGGAAGGUGUAUGGGGUCCGCACCUUAUAGUCGUGCCCACAUCAGUGAUGCUCAACUGGGAGAUGGAGUUCAAGAAAUGGUGUCCAGCCUUCAAGCUGCUCACGUACUAUGGGUCAGCCAAGGAGCGCAAGGCCAAGCGCCAGGGGUGGUCAAAGCCCAAUGCGUUCCAUGUCUGCAUCACCAGCUACACGCUGAUAUUGCAGGAUGCCAAGAUGUUUCGUCGGAAGAAAUGGAAGUACCUUAUUUUGGAUGAGGCCCACAUGAUCAAGAACUGGAAGUCUCUGAGGUGGCAGACGCUUUUGAACUUCAACUCCAAGCGCCGCCUUCUGCUCACGGGCACCCCCCUGCAGAACGAUCUCAUGGAGCUGUGGAGCCUGAUGCACUUCCUCAUGCCUCAUGUGUUUGCGUCACAUGCCCAGUUCAAGGACUGGUUCUCCAGCCCUCUGACAGGCAUGGUCCAGGGGCAGGAGGAAGUCAACAAG